AUGGUCGAGCCCAAGGCUGGUCAGCUCGCGACUAAACUCGGUCCUAAAACAACUGUUCAACGCUCUCUACCUCGCAGAGUCAUCUCAGCUCAGCUAAACCAAGACAUGUUGGAUCUUUCAUCACCAUUGUUACGGCGGAAAAUCACGGCUUGCCUCUUCGUCCUUUUCUCUGCCAUCUGCUUCCUUCUCACCAAGACAACCUUCAACUCUUACCCAACAUUGUUGCAGAGUCUUCAACCUAAUCGACCCUCACAUCGACAAUCGCUCUACAAAACAUGGACUACCAUUCCGAUUACUUUUGAUACCCAUCCAAAGGACAUUGCGGUUAUCAUCGAAGACCGGCCUUUAUCUAGACUUGUGCCAUUGUUAUUACACUUCUCCAAUGUCCUUGGACCAAGGAUCCUUACCACCUCUUGGAUCUGGGAGGAGCUUUCUCCUGCAGAUCAUGUCUUUUUGUUUCAAGGGGACAGCGUCGUUUGUGCCAACUCACCGUAUACGUUGGAUGACUUCCUCGAUUACGACUUCAUCGCAGCGCCUUAUGAUAGAUGGAUUGGAGAGGAUACGAGUGAUGGACUGUCACUGAGGAAUAGGACUAUGACUCUAGAUAUUGUCAAGGCUGUCGACUUCGGAGAUCUGACUCAACCCACGAACCCACAUUUUGACGUUGUGAAGUCGGAAGAACAGUGGCUAACCCAGAAGAUGAAAGAUAUUUCCGCAUCAACAUCCAGUGGACUUGGACCUCGCCUGCCAAGCAAGGACGCUGCGACGAAAUUUUCGGUUGGGAGAAUGUGGCAUGCGAGAGCUUUUGGUUAUCAGCAACUUGCUGAUUUGAGCCCAAUUCAAAGACAAGAACUGGAUGUUUGGUGUCCUGAACAUCGACUUGCGAUCGAGAGCUUGCCUUUCGAUCCGAGGGUUGUGUAG